CCGUUCUGUAUCUGCCACCCCCCUCUGCAAAUCCCUCCACUGACCUCCACUCAGUGUCCUCCACCCCUCUCUGCCAAUCCCUCCACUGACCUCCACUCAGUGUACUCCAUCCCUCUCUGCCAAUCCCUCCACUGGCCUCCACUCAGUGUCCUCCACCCCUCUCUGCCAAUCCCUCCACUGGCCUACACUCAGUGUCCCCCACUCCUCUCUCUGCCAAUCCCUCCACUGACCUCCACUCAGUGUCCUCCACCCCCCUCUGCCAAUCCC